AUGCCUUGUUAUGCUGAUACUAUCGUUAAAGUGAAUCAGGUUCGUCAAACUUGCAACAAGGAUUCAAAAUUGGUUGCCGUACGGGCAGUUGGUGUUUAUCCUAUUGAGAGUGAGGAUUGCGAAUUGGAUAUGACUUUAUUUAUUCUGAUGAAUGAUAAAGAGAGAGAUCCUAAUUCACAAUCGAUUUUUGAAACAAAUGAGUAUUAUUGUGUUGGCGGAAAAAUCGUACUUAGAUCUUACAAUGGAAAUUUAAGAUUAAAAAUGACUGUCGCAUCCUCGACUCACCUUUCAAUUAAAAAAAAUUUCGGUUCAAAUAGGUGCCCAUUAAAAGUUUCGCUUAUUGGUGUUGCUCAGGAUGCACCUAAAGAGAUUAAUCACGAAAACGCAAUACUUAAUGUAUUAGUAAAUAAUUAUGAUAGGCAAAUUUACAUGCUUUUUGUUGUAGGGCAAAUGGAGAUUAUUGAAAAGAAUUUAUAUGUGUAUGCCGUUGAUAUUUCUUAUGUUGAUACUGGUUCUGCAACAAAGAAGAAAGUUAAUAUUUCUGAGAAUACUCCAGCACUAUAUAGAUCCGUUCAUUCAAGACUUUUAAACGUAUAUCAGAGUGUUAAUGAAGAUUCAUCAAAAGCAGCUGGGAUGAAAAAUUCAGAUUUAGAUAACGAAAAGAGUAAGCUCGUAACUGAUUUAACUACUGAGGAUUUUCAUAUAGAUAAACGUACAAGAGUAGAAGACGAGAAAGAUGAUUUCACCAAGUAUGUUGAUGAACGUACAAAUGAUCGUGAUAAAGAAAGUAUGGAUAGGAGUAAUAAAUAUAAGAGUGGUAUUGUUCAGGAUAAUAAAAGUUCAGAGUAUAAUUAUGAAAAUUCAAAUAAAGGCAAGGAAAAGAUUAUUCAGCCUGUAGUUCACAAUACUAGGCAAUG